AUGGCUGGACUUGUCAAGACAGUGACUGAUCCUUUGGUUCCAGUAUUUGAUACUGUUAAAGAUAGGAUUAAUGAAAUAUGUAAAGGCUUGCAACCAUGGCAAAUUGUGGUUUAUACUGCUGGGACUACACUGGUCAUAGUUUAUGUCAAAGAUUUUUUAUUCCAAGAAGAAAGUUUAAAAGAAAGAAGUAAAAAAGAGUUUUUUAAAUGGAUGAAGAAAAUACCCUAUAUUAAAGCACAGAUUGAUAAGGAAAUGGCUAAAACCAAGAAAACAAUGAUUGAGACAUUAUAUAAAGAUCAUGCUGGACAUGGUUAUGUUUGUCAAUUACCAUAUAAUGGUUUAUCAGAGAAAGAACUGAUGAUAGAAUUAGAGAAAUACAGAUCCUUGGCUAAAACUAAUUGGCAGAAAGGUAGAGUGUCAGGAACUGUUUAUAGUGGGGAUGAAAAAUUAACUGAAAUAAUGACUAAGACAUAUGGCAUGUUUUUAUGGACAAAUCCUUUACAUCCAGAUGUAUUUCCUGAUAUUAGAAAGAUGGAGGCAGAAGUAGUAAGAAUGAGCUGUACAUUAUUUCAUGGAGAUGAGGAAUCGUGUGGAACUGUGUCUCAAGGAGGAACAGAGAGUAUAAUGUUAGCUUGUUUAGCCUAUAGAAAUUUAGCUAGAGAAAGGGGUAUCAAGGUUCCAGAAAUGCUUGUACCUAUAACAGUUCAUCCUGCAUUUGAUAAGGCAGCCUCUUACUUCCAUAUGAUAAUUAAACACAUUCCAAUUGACCCUGAAACUAGACAAGUUGAUGUCAAGGCAAUGAAGAGAGCUAUAUCUCGGAAAACAUGUAUGUUAGUUGGUUCUGCACCUGCAUUCCCUCAUGGUAUUAUAGACCCCAUUCAAGAAAUAGCUGAGUUAGGAAAACGCUACGAUAUCCCAGUCCAUGUCGACAGCUGUUUAGGUGGGUUUUUGUUACCUUUUAUGACAAAGGCUGGUUUUGCACUGGAUCCGUUUGAUUUUAGAGUUGAUGGUGUAACAAGUAUAUCAGCUGAUACUCACAAGUAUGGAUUUGCACCAAAGGGUUCGUCAGUUAUAUUAUAUAAAAAGAAGAUAUACCGUACUUAUCAGUUUUUUGUUCAACCUAACUGGACUGGUGGUAUCUAUGCUUCUCCAACAGUAGCUGGUAGCCGUGCUGGAGCUAUUAUUGCAGCAUGUUGGGCUGCUAUGAUGUAUGUUGGAGAAAAGGGCUAUGUAGAUUCUACAAAGAAAAUUAUCACAACAGCCAGGGUGAUAGCCGAUGGAAUAAGAAAAAUUAAAGGUGUUUUUGUAUUUGGUAAUCCACAAGUAUCUGUUGUUGGUAUUGGUUCCAAUGACUUUAAUAUCUUUAAUUUAUCAGAUGCAUUAACUGCCAAGGGAUGGAAUUUAAAUCCAUUACAAUUUCCUUCUAGCAUUCAUAUUUGUGUUACACUGCCUAUCUGUCAGGAUGGUGUGGCUGAACAGUUUUUAAAAGAUGUUGAAGAAAUAUCAACUGAGUUAUUAAACAAUCCCAAUGCUAAAGAUGGAGGAAUGGCUGCUAUUUAUGGCAUGGCUCAAUCUAUACCUGAUAGAUCUAUGGUACGAGAAAUCGCCUGCUCAUUUGUUGAAGGAUGGUAUAACACAACUGUACCAACUACCAGUAAUGGUGAAGCCAAUGGUUCUGUUCAUUAGAUACAUAAGUAUAAGGGUAGAAAUUUAUGCUGGAUUCAAAAGUUUCCUACAACUACACACUUUUCUUGCAUUUUACACUGUUUAAGAGAUUUAUUUCAAACAAGAUGGUGGGCUGGUAGUCCUUGCAGAAUCCCCUAUCACUAAAUCCUUGCAUUAACUUUUAACUCAUAAAUAUCUAGCCUUACUGUAUAAAUAUUUAAACAGUCUUUCAUUGAACAAUGAACAAUUAAUUUAUUAUGUUUUGUCAUCUUGAAUUAUUAGGAGGCAUUUAAACCUUGACAUGGCAGUUUGGUAUCCUCAUCAUAACAUUUGCACGGAAUUAGUUUUGGACUAGCUCAAAUAAUUCAAACAAAUUAUUGGGCAUAAGAUAUAUUUAAAGUAUUUCUGAAGAAUUUGCAUUUAAUACUUGUGGUACACUCCGUAUGUUACUGCAGGCUUAUUGAUUAACUUGAAUAAAGACGUCUAACUUACAUAACACACUUGAUUGGUCCAUAUUGAGAAAUGUAUGUAUUUGAAAUCAAAAUAUCAAUUUUACUUAUUGCAAAAGAGUGAUAUCAUAUUAUGGUUUGAUAUUUUUGUAGUAUUCAAUACUCAAAUUAAGAUGUUAGUUAUAAUGACCACUAUAGGCCUCAGGGAAUUCACUUUUCAGAUCUCUUAAAAUUAUAGCCACAUAAUGCAGAUUGAAAUUGUAAGGAAUGUGUUUUCAAAUUGAUUAUAAUUUGUUCUGUGUAUAUUUUAUCAAAUCUGAUUGUUAGUACUUGGUUUAAUUAGUCCAUAUAUACAUGUACAGAGUAUUUGUUGUUUUUUCAAUCAUGUAGGAACAAAGUAUUUUGAUAUUGUCAAGCAUUAAACUUGUUUUUAGUGUUUUUUAAAUAUAAGCAUUGUGUGUUUCUAUACAAACAGCUAUUUAGGUAGGGCACAGUUCCCUUUUUAAGUACUUUGAUGCCAAGUAAACCUUACAUUUACUUAAAGAUGUCUGAUUUAUAUUAACUCUAAAAUAUGUCUCUUAAAUGUCUCUUACAUUUUGAUUUGAAGAGUGCAUGUCUUCAGAACCACUGUUGUAAAUACUGUUUAUGAGUAAUAUAGUCCCACAGCAAAAUAGGCUAUGUUGUUUUUACAUGCAAUAUAAAGUCUACUUAUUAAUAUCUAAUAUAUUGCCAUGACAUUUUUUCUAUUUAUCCCUGUAUUCUAACAUAAACAAAAAAUUGAAUUAUUCUUAUUACCGGUAUUGUUUCUUUAUUAUCAUAGUGCAGGUACUGCAAAUUGUUAUUGAAGCAAAUCCAACAGUCUUUUAUACCAGUAAGGCCUACAGCAUUAACAUAGAUAUUGUUAUCACUUCCAUAUUAGAAAAUGAAUUAAUUUCGUCAAUUUUCUGAAAUUAUUCAACUUCAUAUUUGUUAUGCCAGUAAUGGUAUCAAUAUUAUAUUCAAUUUAUAGGAUGUAGGCAUAUAUAUUAAAUUGUUUCUGUAUUUAAAAAAAUAAACAAUUUUUAUUG